GUGGGUUGGGAGGUGCCUAAAAUUGGAAGAAUUCAAUGGUUAUCCCAUUAGGUUGUAAACUACCCAAGGUGUUGUUCCUCCAGUUUGCGUGUGGCCUCACUCUAGCAAUGGAGGCGGCCCAGGCCAGAAAAGUCAGUGUGGGAAUGGGAAGGGGAGUUGGGUUAGCGUAGACCUUGGCGGACUGAAUGUCGCCAUUCCAUGUUCUCCAGCAAUGCGGCCUGUCCCGCUGAGUUACUCCAGCAUUUUGUGUCUUUCUUCGCUAAAUCUGAGGUGGGCCACCCUGUUGGUCACGUGCCCCAGAGUGACGUCGACAAUCCCGCUGUUACAGCGGGCAGAAAAACGCCGGCGCCGCGCAUGCGCGACGUGGCGCUGUGAGGCAGGUGGAAGUGGCGGAGCGUCGAGCGCCGCCGGGACCCAGUCCCUUCUCCUUCUCCUCCUCCUCCUCCUCCUCAGCCCUACAUGCAUUACAUUAGGAUGGCAAUUGUGUCAACCCGUCUGCAUUAAUGCAGUUGUUUAAAUGACGACUAAGAACCACUGAACAGAUCCCUGAAAGAAUGGCCUGCAAUAAAGCUAUAAUUCCUUACGGCUUCAAGACUGUCGUGAAAACACUUGGGAAACUUGUUCUGUUAAAACAACCUGCAGAUAUACACCAAUUUGCCUCCAUCUAUUUCAAAGAAUUAAUAGAGUUCAGAGCUGUUAAUCCAUCCCUUGAUUUAAGACAACUGGUAAAUUUAUUCUAUGUAAAGAAGGUAGUGAUAACUGAAGGUCCGGAGAACAAGACGGCAUCUGAGCCAGAAUCUGCUGACCAACAUAACCAAGAUGUAUCUCUUCCAUGCAAUAUGUUUGCACCCAUCGACCAGAAAGAUUGCUCCCCUAUUAUGUGCCCCACCUUAGAAGAUAAGCCUGUUCUGCAUGAGGAUUCAAUGCAGAGGAGAUCAGUGACACAUUCAAGCAUUAAUAAAUCUAAUGCGGUGUUCACGAAGGAACUUGCUGAAAGGGCAGCAGAGGAUAAACCUUGCUUUGUAUAUCUUUACACGAGUUCCGUGAACCAGGAUAAAUCUGCGUUUGCUUACAUUUGUCCAGAUGCUUCUUUGGUUGAACAAGAUAAUAGAUUAAGGAACGUUAAGCAGGAACCAGCUCACCUUGACGUUACAGUGCCAAACGUGACCAAUAGAGGCGCCCGCUCUAACUGCAGGCAUUCGUCCAAUGAAUUCAGUAGCAUUCCAAUUUUGACUCGGAUACAACAAGCCCAAGUUUAUAAAAGCACAAACAGGCAAGUGCCUGUUCACAAGAGUGGAACGAUGACUCGCAGAUCAGAAUCUUUUCCGGAUACUUGUUUGCUUCACCGUGUGCUUUCAUCUGAUGUGGCAGUGAUCCAGAACCCAAUCCAUAUGAUUCACAAAGCAGUUCCCAUUCAUUCCGAGGCAGUUUCAGCCUACGCGGAGCAUAUUCCCAUUCUGUCCACUGACCCGUCGGCGCUGGAUAGCUCCAAACAACAUUUGCUUCCGCUGGAAGGCGAUUCGUGUGCCACAGAGGUUGCGUCGGACGAUAAGGAAUUUGGUGAGAAGAACCUGCUGCCUCAAAUUAUUGAUGCCACACCAGGAGACCACGGAGAGCAUCUGGAGAAGUGUACUUCUCAUGAAUGCCUCUCGCUUCCUGAAGGUGGAAAAAUAACAGGGGAAAUACCUGUGGGGUCACCUGAAAACGUGCAGAACACUGAGGAAACAAAUGUGAAUGAUACACAUCCACAUAGGAUGGAAUAUGUGAAAGAAACUGGAGUUGAUGAAACUGUAAAUGAAGCACAGGAUAUGGAAUCUAUAUUGACGCACUCCCAAAGUGAUAGAAAUUCCGAAAAUUAUUUUUAUCCGCCCCUGACUUACUGUCAGGCAGCAAACCCACUGGAUGUACACAUGUUGCAUUCGGAAACUCAGCAGGAGACACUUAGCAUCAUGAAUGAAGUCUUCCACAAGAUGCUGCUCCGACUGGACGAUCUAGAACUCCGAGUGCAAGACAUGGUGAAUCGUCUCGAAGACCUGACUAUCACCGUGAACGAAAUACAUUCUGCUAUGAACAUCACGGCAACAGGUGACACAUUUACUCGUAAGAGUUUUGAUCAGCAUGAGAGUUAUUUCCAAAAUUAAUUAUGAAGCAUAGUUCCAUGUUCAUAUCAGUGUCAAUCUACUUAAGUCAGAGAUCAGGAUAUGAAAAAAAGUGUGAUUUUCUGCAAUAAAAAUGGCUUUGUAAUUCAAUUAUGCUUUAUUGUCCAGUGUACA